AGAAAACAUGGUGGAUAGUCUGAGUAGGUUACCUGUCGCAGAUUGUCUAAAACUGUGUCACAGGGUGGUGGAUGGACUGUGUGGGAGGGAGCCUCCUCGCAGGGGGGAUUACAGCGACACCUGGAGCCUGGAGGAGUGGUUGGAGCUGCUAAACUCCCUGACAGCCCUCUUCCGCCUGGUGGUGGGGAACAACAGCUCUGAUGAAGUGGUGCUGGCCGGGCUGUCUGGUGUGGGCAACAGCCACGCUGAGGCCGUGCUGAGUGUGCUGAGAGCCAGACGAGAGGAGAUCCGUCGCGCUCUGCUGGAGAGAACCAACUCCAUCUCCUCUGCUAUGCUGCAGGACUUUGACUGGCAGCUUAAGUUAGCUCUGUCCAGUGAUAAGAUCUCAGCCCUCCACACUCCUCUGCUCGCUCUCAGUCUGGAUUUGAGAGAGAAUGGAGCCCUCCAGUCUGUCACCAUGGAGAUGAGCAGAGAGGAGUUGAACACACUCAUCAGUUCAUUAGAGGCUGCUAAUAAGGUGGUGCUGCAGUUAAAAUGAAGUGCACCACUGAUCCUGUUUAGGAAGUCCAGUGGAUAGAUGUCAUGUCAUCAAAAAGUGUGUAAGAGUUUCUCUGCCUUGAGUUUGGGUGUAGGAGACGCAAAUGGUUUUUCAGCCAUAUCAAUGAUUUGAUCAGUUCUGUCCUUUAUAAUUCAGUCGUGUACAUGAGCAGUUGAACACUCAUUUUCUUUUUUUUCAUGCAGUUUUGUAUCAAGAACAUCUUGAAGUAAAUGUUUCUUUGCUUCUU